GUCAAUUGUUCGCGCCGGAAUUUUGAUAUUUUAAGACUUUUGCACUAAUUAAUCUAAUCCAAAAUGCCGGUGCCCGACGUCUUACUCAACAAUGGAAAAACGAUUCCCAUUCUCGGUCUUGGUACUUGGGGCAGUCCUAAAGGAGAAGUCGUUCAAGCCGUAAAAGACGCCAUCGACAUUGGUUAUCGCCAUAUUGACUGCGCUCAUGUAUACCAGAACGAGGAUGAAGUCGGUGAGGGUAUUGAAGCCAAAAUAGCAGAGGGUGUUGUGAAACGCGAAGAAUUGUUUAUCACUAGCAAAUUGUGGAAUACCUUCCACAGUCCCGCAUUAGUACGUGGAGCUCUUGAAACCACCUUGAAGAAUUUACGUCUGGAUUACCUUGAUUUGUAUUUAAUCCAUUGGCCUAUGGGCUACAAAGAGGGCGGACCAUUGUUCCCAAAUGAUGAUCUUGGUAAAAUAGCGUACUCUGAUGUUGAUUAUGUUGAUACCUGGAAGGAAAUGGAAAAACUUGUAGAGGCCGGCCUUGUAAAGUCCAUAGGUGUGUCGAAUUUCAACAAGCGGCAAGUUGAACGCGUGCUUGAGGUCGCUGCCAUUCCACCAGUAACCAACCAAAUUGAGUGUCAUCCUUAUUUGACGCAAAAAAAGUUGAUUGAAUUCUGCAAGUCAAAGAAUAUUGCUAUUACUGCUUACAGUCCUUUGGGAUCACCUAACCGUCCAUGGGCAAAACCCGAUGACCCAGUUUUAUUACAAGACGCUAAAAUCGUCGCAAUUGCUGAUAAGUAUGGCAAGACUUCAGCUCAAAUUCUGAUUCGCUAUCAGCUGCAACUUGGUAACAUUGUCAUUCCUAAGUCUGUGACGAAAAGUCGUAUUGCGUCCAACUUUGACGUGUUCAACUUCGAUUUAAGUGCAGAGGAUAUUGCCACUAUUGAUAACUUCAACUGCAAUGGCCGUUUUGUGCCCUUAGAUAACCAUCGUACACAUCCGCACCACCCAUUCGCCAACGAUGAGUACUAGAAAAUAUGACGGAGACUUUUUGAAAUAAUGAAUCGGAAUAAACCACAAACAAUUAUGUAUUAUUAUGGAUGUAUGUACAGAAUUGAAUUAACAAAUACACUGGAAUUUACAAUAUAAACGGCGGAUAGUUAAAGGAAA